CGUCUCACCAACUAAGUCCAUUCAAGGUGGCGGUGCAACGUCAUCCAUCAAUUUUGACACUUUUUGGCCGAUUCUUAAAAUGCUUGUGAUUAUUACUACAAUUCCUUUUAUGAUAUUGCUCAUCUGCUGCCAGGUGCUCUGCUGCAUGCCCCUGUGCUGCUAGAUAGAAAGAUGGUAUGUCUUUAUGCUAGUAUCGCCACUGCUGUUUUGGUAAUAGCUCUGUGCUGUGUAGCUAAAAGAAUCGUGCCUUGUUUAUAAUAAGUGGUACCAUCAUUUAAUAUGUCUGCAAGACCAAGUGCUUCGCGGGCUUCGGCCGGCAAGGCCUCUGCGAAGGGUUCUGUCAGUGGGAAGUCAUCCACGACAGGAGGAAAAAAAGGUGGAGUAGCAAGUGGUGGAGCUCUUGGUACAGGUGGUACAGCCGGUGGACCAGGAGAGAAAAAGGAUAACACCAUACCGCCAUUCAGUACAACCACGAGAGGUGCCGAACAUUCUGGACGCCCAGGUAAAGACACUACCCCCGAAACACUUGAAAAAAUUCACGAUAUGGUGUUGCCCGAUCGAAGACUGAAAAAGUGGAAGUUUGUGGAAGAAAUAGGCAUAUCACAUGGCUCAGUGGUUUCGAUUCUCAAUGAUCAUUUGGGUAUGAUAAAGCUAUCCGCAAGACAGAUGAUAUAAUCCACAUCGAUCACCUUCUAAAAGGAAGAACAAUCAAUAGCGAAUAUUAUGCCAACUGAUUGGACUGAUUCAACGACGAUUUGAGCAUCUUGCCCAAGAAGCCAAAGGAAUCAAUCAACUGGGACAUGAUUAAGCGAAACAUGGCUAGAAGGCAGGCGCCUGAGGGAGAGGAUAUAAAAUCUAUCAAAAAAAUACUAAGGGAGAUCGGGACUAAGAAAAUACCUGUGCAUGAGUUCAUCAAUCUAAUUAGUCCAUACACAGCCGAUAACGGGGCCUUGUUGAGACUUGUCCUGGCAGAAGACGUAGAUGCUUUUCAAAAACUCGCUCGAAAGGUCUACGAGACUAUGACAGAAGAUGUUAGUGACGUCCUGGUGAACGAGCAACUUCACAUGAUGGAAUUUUAUCAAGAAAAACGUGACAUUUACCUAAACAAAAUGAUGGCAGCUAUUAAUGAAAUCUACGACAUGGCGCCAGAGUUCGAUUUCGAUAGAUACAUAAGAGAGAAAGAUCAGUAUCUGCACAGAAUCCUGCCCUUCCCAGUGAUUGGUGAAGUUCGCGACGAAGAAGGAAAUGAAAUGAUGAAACGCCAACAAGCGUAUCAUCGACUGCAAUGGCUACGCAGCGAAGGCGAGAGGUUGAAUGAAGAGAACAAGCGGCUAAUGAACCGCUUGGACCAGCUGAAGGAACUGCAACGAGUGGAACAGCAAAAGAUGACGGAUAUGGCCGAACGCGCGGAGGCCAAGAGGAUGCAGUUAACGCAGGAAGAGCGGAUCAAGAAAGAUGAACUGGAGCAGCUCAACCAGUCCGUCAGCAAGAGCUUCGUCGAGACGGAGACCGAGAUCAAGAAGGAGUACAACAUGAUGGGAAUUCAACCUCCAGAAGAAGAACCAAAGAAGAAGAAGAAACUCAAGGUCAAACGUCCAGCAUGGAUAAGCGAAGCUGCGGUUGAAAUCGAGGACGUCGGUGUGAAAGAAGCUAUAGCUUCAGAAAGAAAUGCCAUGCCUCCUCCUGUAAGGCUUCCCGUAGCGCUCCAGUCAUGCAGAACGUGUCCUGCCGACCAAGGAGGUCGGGGUCUACCAUUCCGUCAGCCUCAGGGAGGAUUCGGGGCUGACAGACGUCCUCCUAGACAGAUGGAGACCAACAUUGAAAAGGCCCAGGCUACAAUUCAAAUUAGGCGACCUCAACCAGAACCGUCCAGAGGUAGAAGAGUUCAGGGGCCUAAGGAAACUUGGGGAGGGUUUAAUUGAUGUGACUUUUUAUAAAUGUGAGACAAAAUGAGAAAUAAAUAUUAAUGAGCUA